AUGGAUACUCAAGAUGAUUCAACUCAUUCCAUGGAAGAGCCUCACUCCAAAGAACUUGCCGCAAUUGAUAUACCUCAGGUCUCAAUGCUCAAUCGGCCUCCUCUUCCACCAUCCUUACAAAAGACUAACAUCACCAAAAGUUUUUUGGGAGAAUUAGAGGCUGAAACCUUGUCCAAAGAGUCCCUUGAGAACUCUUCGGAUUCUUCUGUUCUUGAUCCUGAUGACAAUCUCUUGGAAGCACUUGCAGAUAAUGAGACUCUCACCGCGGUACUGACCUCCUUCUUUGCUAACAUAAGUGAGACCAAAGGGAAGAUGAAAGAGGAGUUUGUCUUAAAAAAUUGUAUUGAUGAAGAAACGAUUCGUUGUGGAGACGCUCAUCAGGGGAAUGGUCUUGUUCCAGGGCACAAAACGUUAACUUCGCCAUUUACUGAGUCUACUGAAGAGUUACGGAAGGCCGCCUUGCACGGAGAUAUACUUGCUCAGUGGCGACUGAGUCAGAGGGUGGAAAACACUGCCUCGCUCGGAGCUCGCAGACAAGACAUAGAAAAUUCACUCACUUCUAUGGCUACCAAUGAACCACCAGAAAAUCAUCUCUUUACUAAUCUUAACCACUCUGCUCGUCCAUUGCAAUCGUGGGGCUCAGCUUACCUACCGUCUCGCAAACGCGGUUCCUCCAUCCGUUGUCAACAGUCAUCUUCCUCUGCUUACCGCGGUUUUGUUCCUACUUACCCCAGUCAACAAAUGCUACGUUCCAAGCAAAAGCUCAAAUCAUUAUGCUCUCAAUUUGACUUAACGUCGCGACCAUAUGAUCCAUGGAUUUCCUCAGAGGUGGAUUGCCUACCCAUAUCCGAGAGCCAUGGCAGUGCUGCGACAGAGAGGUGGGAGAGGAGUCUGAUGACCUUGCCAAUGCCCACGUCAACGCCACAUUCCUCGUUCACGCUGGUCUCCUCCCUUCCACCAUCGCCCGAGUACUCUAUCAGCAAUACCAGAAUCUACAAGGAUUGUCCCAUCUACAAAGAACACCUGCAUCGUGAUGCUAUUUUGACGGAUCUUAAAGCUGCUCGAUCUAUGUGUGCUCGAAAGCUAGAGUAG